GCGUGACAUGCAGUGAGCCGUCAUGCGUGAGUAGCAUGGGACCUGACCUGUCCGAGGACUUGGUCGAGGACGAAGACCUCAACCUCGCCGCGAGCCGGCCUGCAAGCACGUGAACUAGAUUGUAAUUUUCGACAGCCUCACAGCCGACAACACGCUUCACGCAGCACGAAGGCAAGGAGAGGCAGCUGUUGUGCUAACUAUCGUAGGGGUAUCAUUGUUCGCAUCCGACUGUGGCUUCGUCUCGCCUACGCCAAGCCUGGCUCGCCGAUGGAUGAGGGGCGACUUGCAUCUCGUAACAGCGCGCGCCCGAGUCAACACCUCCAGCAUCAGGAUUGAACAUUUCACAGGUCUGCGCGUAGACAGAGACAGCCAGCGUGGGCAUGGGAAUCGAGUGCAGGCGGCAGUAUCGCGUUUCCCUCGUGUCGUCGUGAUCGGCGUUGCUUUGUCGGGCCGCAUCUCUACCUCUCUUGCGCCCAUCUCUUCUACCUCGACACCUCACCGAAAACCCCAUGGAUCGAGAGACGUCUUCGGGAGUGGCCCCGGGGAAAGAGAGCAGCACGCAGUCGAAGAGCGCCGCCGCACGACCUGCUCGCACCGUGCAGCCCGACCUGCAAAGUUUUGUGAAGCUGCCUUCGCCCGUGCCAGAGGGCAUCAGCAUUUCUGAGCCUCUGCCACAACCCGAGCCAUCGCGCUAUUCCAGGUCGCCGCCGCCCCGCCAUCAUCACCAUCACCACCACCGCUAUCGCGAGCGGAGUCGAAGUAGGAGCAGGCGACGCUCGCGCUCUCGCGGCGCACGCAAGGGCGGAGACGACGACUGGAGACGUCCUUCAUCUCGCCAAGACGACCACCGGAGCUCGCGGUCUCACUUCUCCACGUCGCACAACCACGACGCAUCCGCCGACCGCUCCUUUCACCACAGUCGCUAUCAUCGCACCGAAAACACUGCUCCCGAAUCGGGCUCGGGCCGCCAUCACCAUCGUUCAGCAGAGUGGAAUGAGAGGAGACCGCGAUCGCCGACUACGACAAAAGACGGUGACAGAGUAGACAAUAGGCGCACUGGCGGAAGGCCAGACGACGCAGCUCAUCGAAGAUCGCCAUCGGCAUCAUCAAGCUACUACGAGGACGGUGGUCGUCGGCGACGAGAUCACUCCUCCGAGCGACAUCGCGGGGAACAUCGUAGCAACAGACGAGGCUACGGCCCCAAGGCCUCACAUUCACCACGCCGCCCUCGGGACGCAGAAGUUGAGCAAGGCCUGGGCGACAACAAGAGAUAUACUGAAGGUGAAUCUCGCUCGAGGCGCGGUUCGCCACCUCGAGACAGCAAUCGAAGCAGUCGACGCGAAACACGAUCACCUCGCGGCUACCCAUCUCAAGCUGUCAGCCGUGAAGGCUCGCUGAUUGCUGCCAACCCCGGCGAGGAAACUGCCCAGCGAUCACACAGCCGCGAAAGUCAUCUAUCCCGGGCGACCGAGCGAAAGGAAGACGACGACAUGUACGGUCGUGGAGGGUACGGGCCCCGUUAUGGGGGCUACCACAACAAUCACUACAACCAAGGCGGCUACAACUCGAACUCGCCGUAUCCGCAACAGCAGCAGUCUUAUGGCUACCCCUCAUCUGGCCCCGGAUACUACCAAUCUCAACCUGGAAAACAGUAUGGCAGUGCUUCGCGUGACAGCUUCCCCCGUGCACCACCUCGCGGGGGCGCAGCACCAGUUCGAGGCACUGGCAGAGCUCACUUCGCAAACUUGUCAUGGACGCCCGGUGAUGGCACUAAGGGAGGUCACCUGGUAGAGCCGCAAAAGCCUAAGGAGACCUCUGAGCCGAAAUCCGUGGUUCUCGCGCCUGAGGCCGACGAUGAUGGCAACCCUUAUCGGCCGCCGGUGGAGCUUCGUGCCGAGGAUGAGCAUGCAGCGAAGAAGCGCAAGGUUGAUCUUGCAGCCCCUUCAGCGCUUGGUGCGGACCAGAAGACGGCCGAGCAAAAGGUGUUGGAAGCAGAGAGAGAAAAGAAUAAGAUCAGCUUCUCGAUCAAAGGUCGAGCAAGCAGGGUAGCUGCCGAGGAGAAGGCACCGGUCAUACCGAAGACGGAGACGUCCCCACUGGUCGCGAAGAAGACGCCUGCGGUGAUAUCUCCACUGGUGCAGAGCAAUGCGCCCGCGAAGAGCUCCAAUUACGUCGGCAACACUCGCGUAUCAGACUUGUCACAUCCUCGUCGUCCCGAGCCGCCGGCCACUCGCAAAGAAAAGGUCAGAAAGAAGAGGCUCAAGCCCAAGCCCGAGCUGAGCGACGAUUUCAAGCAAUCCGAAAGUGUCUAUUACCGCAAGACUGGCAACGAGUCAGUGGUGGGUAGUGGCACAUAUGGCAAAGUGUACAAAGCAAUACACGUCUACACCGGAGGCAUGGUCGCACUCAAAAAGAUUCGUAUGGAAGGCGAACGUGAUGGCUUUCCCGUCACUGCAAUCCGAGAAAUCAAGUUGCUGCAGUCUCUCAACCACGUGAACGUGGUCCCGCUCCUCGAGGUCAUGGUCGAGCGGAAUGAUUGCUUUAUGGUUUUCGAAUAUCUCUCACACGAUUUGACAGGCUUACUCAACCACCCGACAUUUGCUCUCACGAAUGCGCACAAGAAGCACCUUGCGAAGCAGCUGUUCGAAGGGCUCGACUACCUUCAUAGGAGAGGAGUCUUGCACCGCGACAUCAAAGCUGCGAACAUUUUGAUUUCGAAGACUGGAGAGCUCAAGCUUGCUGAUUUCGGUCUUGCGCGUUUCUACCAAAAGCGCCAAAAGCAAGAUUACACCAAUCGUGUCAUCACUAUCUGGUAUCGCAGUCCAGAACUCCUACUCGGCGAGACUCAGUACGGUCCGGCGGUUGACAUAUGGAGUGCUGCCUGCGUCCUGGUCGAGAUCUUCACACGACAUGCCAUCUUCCCCGGUGAUGGCAGCGAAAUCCAUCAACUGGACAAAAUCUACAAUGUACUCGGAACGCCGUCGCGUAGUGAGUGGCCUGGGAUUACCGAGCUGCAAUGGUACGAACUCCUGCGGCCCACGCAGCGCGUCCAAUCGACAUUCGCAGACAAGUAUCGCGAACGUGUCUCACCCGAAGCUUUCGAGCUUUUGCAAGCGAUGUUCCUGUACGAUCCAGCGAAUCGUCCUACGGCUGCAGAUGUCCUGGAACAUCCCUACUUCACUGUUGAAGAACCAGAGCCGGCACAGGUGGUCGAGCUCGCGAAUCUGGAAGGUGAUUGGCACGAGUUUGAGAGUAAGGCUCUACGGAAGGAGAAGGAGAGACAGGAGCGGGAUGCGAGACGUGCGGCUCGAGAGGGCGAUAAGCGUAAGGCGGAGGAGACACCUACUGGCGCCGCACAACCCGACGCGAAGAAGCUGAAGGCUCCGGCCGGACCCAGUACCGAGGUCGCGGUAUAGAUGUGCGUUGUGAAAGGUAGAAUCCUCCUGAUUGUAGGCAGAGGUGUAAUGAAUAAAUUGGCAGUACAAGCCAGAGAACAGCAUAAACUGUAUCAUCACCCAUCAUGGAACAAGUCUGUGUGUCAAUCACGAGUUCUUAUUUCGGGUCGCUUGCCUGCGCUCUGGAUAAUAAUACAACCUGCCUCAUCGACAUGUGGUCCUGUUGCGUCCACUUCUUUUGCCCGCCGUUUCCAACAUAAGCAAUCAACCAAACCACCUGGUAUCACAAUAGACGGUCAACUACUCCAUAAAACACCAAUCCCCAAACUUUCCCAGUUCCUUUCAAAUUCAGGGCGCAGUAUA